GGGAUAGAAGGAGAGGAAAAGAAAAAGAGAGAAAGCCGCGCGCGGCUGACGCGGCGACGACGAAGAGUGGCCACCCUUUGAAAUUCACGAGCGCACGGAGAGCACGUACUCUCUCCUUCUCUCUCUCUCUCUCUGCUUCUCCCUCUCCCCCUCUCCCUUUCUCUACAGCAGGACUCCUCUUUUUCUUGGUUUUUUUCUCCUUCUUCUUCUCCGCGUGAACGGACGUGUGGAGAUCCGAUCGAUCGAUCGAAGCGAGCCGCGCACUCGAGUUUUCCCUGACCUAAGAAUACACCGGCUCGAGUGCCGUGGAGGAACCCGGGGUGGAGUGGACUCCAGAAUGGACCAGAGUGGGGAUCGAACGAGAAGAGAACCCCGCCCCCGUUUAAGCGACGCCGGACAACGAUGACUGCGGAUUUUGUCUCUUCUUUCUUGCCCGCGUUUGCUCCAACUUACGCCUCCGCUCCGUACUCUUCUCUGUCGCUCGCGUUCCGCGAGAGUACCGCGAGGAGCAAGAAAGAAAGACAGAGGGAGAGAGAGAGAGAGAGGGGGGGAAGAAAAAUAGAUCUUUUUUGUCCUUUGCUGAAGACAACGGAUGACCAAUCUGGCCUGUAAUGUAACGGCACGCCGAUACGCGAGAAUUCACACGAGCGGGGGUCGCCCGCGAGCGGAUGUUAUCGUGCCGCGCGAUAACGCUCUCGUGCGGAACGAGCGUCGUAGAUGCAAAUUCGACGUCGAUGUUCGUCGGCGUCGGAGUCGUCGCGUUGCGUGACCCCGAGCGAUUAGAUUAGAACCCGACGACGGCGGGUUCGCGGAUUUUCCUCUCUCUCUCUCUCCCUUUCUCUCUCUCUCUCUCUCUCCCUUUUUUUUCUCUUUUCGGAGAGGGGCGGCGCGGUUGACGGAUCAAUUACGUUAUCGUGAGAUCGUCAAGUUUCUCUCCCUCGAAAGUUACCGGGCUCGUCGGAGUCUCUCGUGGGUGGUUCAGGCCGUUGAAGUUACCCGAGAGGGCGAAAGUCGCGACCUCCGCGGGCCUCGGAGAGGCACGUGAGAGGGUGCGCGACACGCGAGCCACUUUCGAGCCCAGCCCGUGAAUCAACUGGUUCUCCUUCUCUCCGUGUCGCAGAAACGAGCCGAAUGAUGUCCAAUUGACGAAGACGGCGCAGCGCUAGGAAUGGCCCCCUUCAGUUCCGUCUUCCUGGGUGUCUGGGGAGUGUUUGUCGUCAUUUUGAUAAAAGAAUCGACACCCGUUAGCUGGGAGGAAUGGUGGACGUACGACGGUAUCUCCGGUCCUGCCUUCUGGGGUCUCAUCAACCCGGAAUGGUGGCUCUGUAACAAAGGUCGAAGACAAUCACCAGUCAAUCUCGAGCCUACUCAACUGCUUUUCGACCCGAAUUUACAACCGCUCCACAUGGACAAGCACCGAAUCAACGGCGUGCUGGCGAACACCGGCCACAGCGUCGUGUUCGCCGUGGAGAACGACACCCGCCAUCCCGUCAACAUCUCCGGCGGUCCGCUCAGUUAUCGUUAUCAGUUUCACGAGAUUCAUUUGCACUUCGGCGCGGACGAUCGCAUCGGCAGCGAGCACACCGUCGACGGACACGCAUUCCCCGCCGAGCUUCAGAUAUUCGGCUUCAACUCGCAGCUCUACAACAACUUCUCGGACGCCCUGCACAGGGCGCAGGGGAUCGUGGCGGUGUCGCUUCUCUUGCAGGUGGGCGACCUCUCGAACCCGGAGCUGAGGACGUUCACGCAGCAGCUGGAUAAAAUCAAAUACGGAGGGCAGGCCAUGGAAAUUAAACGUUUCGGGGUGCGCGAACUUCUGCCGGACACGAAGCAUUACAUGACGUACGACGGCUCCACCACGAUGCCGGCGUGUCACGAGACCACCACAUGGAUCAUCCUCAACAAGCCUAUAUACAUCACCAAGCAGCAGCUGCACGCUUUGAGACAGUUAAUGCAAGGGGACGAAAAGCAGCCAAACGCACCACUUGCGAACAAUUUUAGACCACCGCAACCCCUUCAUCAUCGUCCUGUGCGGACGAACAUUGAUUUCAAUGUUCAGGGUCCGAAGAAUUGUCCAACAAUGAACAGGGACAUAUAUUACAAAGCCAAUAGCUGGAAAUAAUACCCAGCACUGCCGUGAGAUCGACAUUCGCAGUAACUACGCUUCUCCCCGGAACGAGCUGGAACUACGCUGUAAGGAAAAAAUUGACAUAUCAAUUACAGGCGGGUGACGCCGGGUCACAAAAAAAAUUACGGCAGAUAGAUCGCGAAGAGGACGACCGACGAUGCCCACGUGUUAAGGUCGAGAUUUAAAAAAAAUGCUUCGUUGUACUUAUUAGACGUGAAUUGCCAAGUAUGUUUCCAGUUAAAUCAGAAGAAGAAAAACCAAAUAUACCUAUAGAUUACAAGUUAGACGAGAUAAGCUAAUCGUAAGAUCUAUUAUUAUAUAUAUAUAUAUAUAUAAAUAUCGGUAAACUAUCGAAAAAAGCUAAGACUAUCGUGGCCUGCGCGAGGGGUUGAGAGAUGCAAUUAUAUGUAUAAAAAUUCACGCGCAACGGAGAGCGCUAUCGCGAGCAAAAGUUUAUACUAUAUUCUUGUAAUAAAAGCUUGAAAAAAUGCA